AUGACGUCAGCAUGGUCCCCUGGUGCAGCGGUGGUUACUUGUGGUGAUGACGUGGUGACGACCCCCGACCUGCCCAUUCCUGCUCCCGUCACUGACUAUAUCCAAAGCCUCGUUAUCAUCCGACUCUCAUACAGACAUAAAUGGGUUUCCACUAAGGAGGCCAAAAACACAUUCCUCCAGCUACCAAAGCCGGUAUUAGAAAAUCUCCUCAAGAUCUAUAGAAAUCUUACAGACAACACAAUAGCCUCCAAAACAAAGGAGCAGGCUGGUCCUCGCCUUACGUUGAUUGAAAAACCCAAGGAGUUCCCUUUACAGUCUGGUUGCUACCCUUAUUUCGGAAAGCUGAAAGUUCAACCUGUUCCAGAGAACGACUGCGACAAGCCUUACGUCACAAUGAACAGGGCGGGGUGUCUCGGCAACAAGAUGUGUCAGUACGCCAGCCUCUACAUCCUGCGUCACCUGUUUGGAAUCCGGGUGGCUAUCUUCGAUGAAAUGUACACAGAGCUUAACAAAAUCUUCAAAAACAUAAACAUACCAGUCAAGAAACCAGACUGCUACGUGGGGAAGGCUAAGAGCACCCUUUACAACAUCCUUUAUAACAAGCUGUACAGGGCUGAGGCUACGGCCCAGAACUCCAUCACCUCCAAUAUCAUCACUGAGUCUUUGCUGGACACUCCUUACCACAUCUACAACUUCCCCGCACCACGAGACCUCUUACUGGAGCAUCGAAACUUGAUUCACUCCCUGUUCAAUUUCCGAGACGAGGUGAAGAAGAAUGCCAUACGGAAUAUCGACAAUGCGCUUAGGAGUUUCAAUGCGACCUAUCACCACAGGGAUUUCCCAAUUGUUACUGUUCAUGUCAGACGGACGGACUACACGAAGCACUUGCAGUACGAGAUGAAUCUGACUCAGCUGGACAAACUCUACUACACCAACGCCUUUGAGUUCUACAAGAAACAGUUGAAGCGCCCUCUAUUUAUGGUGGUAAGUGACGACCCAGAAUGGUGCAGAGAGAAGCUCCAGGCAAAGGACGUGCUAGUCAUUGCUUCAAAAGUCCCAGCCGAAGACAUGGCGGCGAUGAGUUUGGGAGAUCAUCAUAUUAUAAGCUACGGAACCUUCAGCUUCAUGGGAGCACUAAUGGGGAAUGGCAACAUAACACACCCGCUCACCACCAACCCUCGCUACGGCUUCGUGAAGUGUAUCAAGUCUCCAAUCUUUUACAAUGUUGAUAGGGGCGACAAUCAAGAAUACAGCGAAUGAAAGCAAUUUGAUUAUUUAUUUGCCUUUAUUUUGAUAGCUUUUGUCUUGUUUUAACUCCAUUAUUACUUUUUCUACUAAGUGUUUUUGUAUACCUUUUCUUUCUUUUUACUAAUUUUAUACUCUUAUGUUUCUAAAUAUUUCUUUUAAUUGAUUAUUUCCCUCUUAGUUAAUAUUUUCAGUACUUUAUAUGUUUAAUGAAAACAAUUUCUUUAUUCUUUCUUUACUACACAAUGUCUCUUAUAAAUACUUACGGAAUUUCCAAACCACAUUCAUCGUCAUUUUCUUCUCUAAUACAAUGUUUUAAUAUACAUUGUACGUUUCUAUAUGAUAUUUUUUUUCUAUAACACAGUACUUCCAAUAAUGCUAUUGGUAUUUAUGCGUGACAUUCACAGUAAUGUCCCGUUUUUUUUUUUAAAUACCUUUCUAUUAGACAAUAUAUGACUUAAUGGAUGGUUGUUAUGAUAGAAAUAAAUGUAACAAAACAAAAAGGAAACUGUUCUGACUUUUAUAACACUAUUGUUAUUACUAUUACUAUAACACCU